AUGGCUCUCAAAAUCCUCAUAUGCGGUGGAGGCUGUGCUGGUCCAGCACUAGCGUUCUGGCUCGCCCGCGGCGGUCAUCAAGUGGUCGUGGUAGAACGCUUUCCAGCCUUAAGAGCCACGGGUGCUCAAAUAGACCUACGAGAGCAAGGCAUUGAAAUCGCCAAGCGGAUGGGUAUCAUAGACGCCAUACGCAGCAAGCUAGUCGACGAAGACGGCGUGGCCUUUGUGGAUUCCGAAGGGAAGGUCCACGCAACCUUCAUGGCCAACAAGACCGGCAAGGGUGCACAGUCCCUGACAUCAGAAUAUGAGAUCAUGCGCGGUGACCUCGUUCGUAUCUUAUACGAUGCUACAAAAGACAACGUGAAAUACAUUUUCGGCCAGACGGUUGAACGAUUCGAACAAGAUGAGAAAGAAGUAAUCGCUUAUUUCUCUGAUGGAUCAUAUGAUACAUUCGACAUCCUCGUUGGUGCAGAUGGACAAGGAUCUCGCAUUCGCAAAGCGAUUAUGCCUCCGGGUUCAAUUCCAUACCUCAAAUUUGGUGUUCACAUGGCCUACUGGUUCAUUCCCCGUGCUGAGGGAGACAACAAUAUCCGCAGAACCUAUAACUGCUCAGGUGGUCGAAUGAUCAUGCGCCGAACGCAUAAUCCGACCGAGAGCCAAGUCUACUUUACACUCAGGGAUUCAGCUCCAGAGGUCUCAAAUAUUCAUAGAGCGUCUGUUGAACAGCAAAAAGAGUUCUGGACUCAGCGAUUUCACGGCGCUGGAUGGCAGACUGAUCGAUUUCUAGAAGGCAUGAAAACCACCCAGAACUGGUACUGUCAGGAAGUCGUUCAAGUUCGAACCAAUACAUGGUCCAAGGGCCGUGUGGUGCUGCUUGGGGAUGCCGCUCACUGUCCCUCACCGUUUAGUGGGAUGGGAACUAGUGCUUCUCUGGUGGGUGCCUAUGUUUUGGCCGGUGAGAUCUGCCGAAGCCCUAGUAAUCUUUCGCAAGCACUCUUCGAGUAUGACAAGACAUUGCGUCCAUUCGUGGACGAGAUUCAGAAAAUAAGCCCUCGCCUUCUGGGAUAUAGUUUACCUGAAUCAGAAUGGGGAGUUGCACUUAUACGUGUCAUUGCGUGGUUAAUUUGUUUCCUUCAUAUACCCCAGCUUGUUGCAAGGUAUUCCAAUGAAAACCGGGGUGGGUGGCUUGUUCCAGAUUAUCCGGAGCUUCAGUGGGAUGAAGCAACGGCAUAG